AUGGGUCGCGUAGAAAAGUCAGAGUCCGUCCCCGACGUCGUCCCCUCCGACCUCAACAUCCCCGACAACUACGUCCAGCACACCCUUACGACCACAAAGCCCCUCCCACCUUUCCGAUGGUCAAAUUUCAUCAACGACCUUAACUGGCUCAAUGUCUUUAUUCUCUGCGUUACGCCCUUCCUCGGCCUCAUCGGCGCCCUCACCACCAAGCUGCGCUGGGAGACAUUCUGGUUCUCCAUUUUCUACUACUACUUCACUGGUUUGGGUAUUACCGCCGGCUACCACCGUCUCUGGGCACAUCGCUCGUACAAUGCGUCUCUUCCUCUCCAGUAUUUCCUCGCUAUUGCCGGAGCUGGUGCUGUUGAAGGUUCUAUCAAGUGGUGGUCAAGAGGUCACCGUGCCCACCAUCGCUACACCGACACCGACCUCGACCCUUACAAUGCCCACAAAGGCUUCUUCUAUUCCCACAUCGGCUGGAUGCUUGUUAAGCCCCGCCGCAAGCCCGGUGUUGCUGACGUUAGCGACUUGAGCAAGAACCCCGUCGUUCGCUGGCAACACAAGUACUACCUCCCCAUGAUCCUCAUCGUCAGCUUUGUCAUUCCCACUCUCAUUCCCGGAUAUUUCUGGGGCGAUUACAAGGGUGGAUAUGUCUAUGCCGGUGUCCUCAGAUUGUGCUUCGUUCACCACUCGACUUUCUGUGUCAACUCCCUUGCUCACUGGCUCGGAAACUCGCCCUUCGAUGACAAGCACACCCCUCGUGACCAUGUCAUUACCGCUCUUGCCACUAUCGGUGAAGGUUACCACAACUUCCACCACCAGUUCCCCAUGGACUACCGUAACGCCAUCAAGUGGUACCAGUAUGAUCCUACCAAGUGGUUCAUUUGGACGAUGCAGAAAGUUGGGCUUGCUAGCCAUCUCAAGGUCUUCCCUGAGAACGAAGUGCGCAAGGGUCAACUGACGAUGGAACUGAAGAAACUCAAGGCGACUCAAGAGCGUCUUGCGUGGCCAACUGAUAGCAGCGACUUGCCCGUUAUCAGCUGGGAGAGUUAUCAAGAGCAAGCUGCCAAGCGCCCUCUGAUUCUCAUCUCAGGAUUCAUUCACGAUGUUUCUACUUUCAUCGACGAACACCCUGGAGGUCCUCACUUGUUGGUCAAGUUCAUUGGCAAAGACGCUACGACGGCAUUCUUUGGCGGUGUAUACGACCACUCCAAUGCUGCUCACAACUUGCUCGCCAUGAAGCGUGUUGGUGUGCUCCAUGGAGGUAUGCGACAGGGAUUGGACGACAAAUCCAUUCCUCCCAGUCAGCGACUGAAAAUUGCACGAUAUAACGAGCUGUCGCCGUAUAAUAGCAGUACAGCUUACUCGGAUGGUGAGGGUAUGCUCGGUUAA